CCGAUCAGCUGUUUGAAAAGGAAGCAGCGCUGGUAGUAGCACCGUGAUCUUCUCGCUGUUUACCGCAGGCCCAGUGACGUCACAACUAGUAUCACUGUCCUGGGCGCGGCUAAGCUCUGUUCACUUACUGCCAGCGCCGCUGCCUUCUCAAACAGCUGAUCGACGGGGGUCCCAGACCAUUCUAUUGAGUGGGGGGCACUAUACUGCAUCAUGGGAGGCUGUAAGGGGUCAUCAUACUAUGUUGAGGGCACUAAAUGGGCACAAUACUGUUAAGAGGACAUACUAGGUGUACCCUGGCCUGGGCACUAAGUGCAUCAUUAUUGUCAGACACUACAAGGAUACACAUGGCUUAGUGUAGAACAGUGUCCUUGGCCCCCUUUAGCUGACGUGGCCCCCCUGUGAGUUUUGCAAAACUUGUAUGUAGAAUGUGUCUUCCAAUCUUUAGGGGUUAAUGCGGCCAUCUCAAAAUUUCUGACUGAAACAAAAACUAAAAAGUGUUCCCCAUACAGCAGCCUCAUAGACUCAUACAGGAACCUCCCCCGGUCAUGUGACACAUGACGCCUCCGUUGUCACAGAAGGUCCUUGCAGGCUGUAGGAACCAGCAGCUGGUAUUCAGCCUCUGAACGGCACUUUGUUUUACACAGCUGCCAGGACCUGGCUUGGGCAUUUUCAAGAUGGCGGCGCCCUUGGAGACUGUGCCAAUCAGUAAAGACUUGGAUGCAAACAAUGAAGAAAGCCAGCAGGAGGAGUCUGAAGAGCUUGAUGAUGAUACUCCAGGCCCAGCGGAACCCCGGGUGAGGGACACGCCUAUGGACAUAUCAUUUGAGGCUGCUGUGAAUACCAUUGCAUUCCACCCAAGUCAGGACAUCCUCGCACUUGGAGAUUUAGAUGGAGAUGUGUUUGUAUAUUCGUAUUCGUGUCUAGAGGAUGGGAACAAAGAGCUCUGGUCCUCUGGACAUCACCUGAAGUCAUGUCGGGAUGUUGCAUUUUCCAGUGAUGGCCUGCAGCUUUUUUCAGUUUCCAAAGACAAGUCUAUUCACAUCCUUAAUGUGGAGGAAGGAAAGCUAGUGAAACGCAUCACCAAAGCCCAUGACUCUGCACUGAAUAGACUGCUCCUAAUUGAUGAGAACCUCUUUGCCACUGGCGAUGACAGUGGGAUGUUGAAAGUAUGGGACCUCCGAAGAGGUACAGCUUUCAUGGAGAUGAAGAAUCAUGAGGAAUACAUAAGUGACAUGGUCAUUGACCAAAACAAAAAGAUGCUCCUUACAGCCAGUGGGGAUGGAACGAUGGGGGUGUUCAACAUAAAGAGACGCAGGUUUGAGUUGCUUUCAGAAUACCAGAAUGGAGAUUUGACAUCUGUAGCUAUAAUGAAGAGAGGCAAAAAAGUGGUUUGUGGUUCAAGCGAGGGGACGAUCUAUCUGUUCAACUGGAAUGGAUUUGGAGCAACAAGUGAUCGUUUUGCUGUGAAGGCCGAGUCCAUUGACUGUAUGAUCCCUAUUAACGAUAACAUUGUGUGCACAGGGUCCAUGGAUGGCAUUGUUAGGGCCAUUAACAUUUUGCCCAAUAGAGUAAUUGGAACAGUGGGCCAGCAUCCAGGAGAGCCCAUAGAACAGCUGGCAAAGUCAAGAGAUGGUAAAUUCUUAGCCAGCUGUGCUCAUGACCAGAAAGUGAAGUUCUGGGAUGUGUCAAACAUUGGCUCCAUUGUAGUGGAUGUUUACAGGAAGCGGAAGAAGAACAAGCAGCUACAAGCUUUGAGCAAGAAAGCAUUUGGAGGAGCGGAUGACUUUUUUGCUGACUUGAAGGAAGACAGAGCAGAGAAUAAGGAAAAAGAGGAGGAGGAGGCAGAUGAAGAAGAAAGUGACAGCGAAGACUCGGACAGUGAUUAAAGUGAAUGACACUACAACACAAACUUCACUGGACAUGUGGUGAACAAUGGAGUCACUGCCAUCUUCCAGGGACAGUAAUGUUACCAAUUUUUGUUCACCCAGCAGGACAGUAAUAAAUAUUUUGUUUUGGGCAUUUUUGAAAUUUACAGAGGUGGUACAGAAAUAAACUCUGUAUCUUUUUUAACACUG